CGGCACUAGGACCCAGUAGGCUGGGGCUGCGGCGGGGCCUGGGCGGCCUGCGGAGAGCGGACCCCGGCUCUCGGCUCCCGGCGCCAUGUGAGGGGGCUCGGGGGCCGCGGGGGGCCGGGCGCUCCCCGGCGGAGGUGUGACCCGUCUUCCCUGCCUCCCGGCCCAACUGCAGGACGCUGGCCCCCACCCCUCAGCAGACGCCGGAGAGAGAUGAGUAGCAGCAAAGAGCAGCGGUCAGUAGUGUUCGUGGUCCUCUUUGCCCUCAUCACCAUCCUCAUCCUCUACAGCUCCAACAGUGCCAAUGAGGUCUUCCAUUAUGGCUCCCUGCGGGGUCACAGCCACCGGCCCAUCAACCUCAAAAAGUGGAGCAUCACCAAUGGCUACGUCCCCCUUCUGGGCAACAAGACGCUGCCCUCCCGGUGCCACCAAUGUGUGAUUGUCACCAGCUCCAGCCACCUGCUGGGCACCAAGUUGGGCCCUGAGAUUGAGCGGGCUGAGUGCACCAUCCGCAUGAACGAUGCUCCCACCACAGGCUACUCAGCUGAUGUGGGCAACAAGACCACCUUCCGUGUGGUGGCCCAUUCUAGUGUAUUCCGUGUGCUGCGAAGGCCCCAGGAGUUCGUCAACCGGACCCCUGAAACUGUAUUCAUCUUCUGGGGUCCCCCAAGCAAGAUGGAGAAGCCCCAGGGCAGCCUUGUGCGUGUCAUCCAGCGGGCAGGCCUGGUGUUCCCCAACAUGGAGGCCUACGCCGUCUCUCCCUCCCGCAUGCACCAAUUUGACGACCUCUUCCGGGGUGAGACGGGCAAAGACAGGGAGAAGUCCCACUCGUGGUUGAGCACGGGCUGGUUCACCAUGGUGAUUGCAGUGGAGUUGUGUGACCAUGUGCACGUGUAUGGCAUGGUCCCCCCUGACUACUGCAGCAGCCCCGCCUGCAGCGCAUGCCCUACCACUACUAUGAGCCCAAGGGGCCGGAUGAGUGUGUCACCUACAUCCAGAAUGAGCACAGCCACAAGGGCAACCACCACCGCUUCAUCACCGAGAAGAGGGUCUUCUCGUCCUGGGCCCAGCUGUAUGGCAUCACCUUCUCCCACCCCUCCUGGACCUAGGCCACCCUGCCUAGGGACACAGGAGAACGGCUUGCCGCUCAGCCACUCAACCACGGAGCAUCUCCUGGCCAGUCAAGGCUGGCCAGAGUGUUUCCCGGCCAAUCAGGGCCUUGAAGAGGAUAUAUCUUCCAGCCAGUCAGGGCCUGGUCAUAUCUCUUGGUCAAUCAGGGAUUUGGGAUUCUGUGUGGUUAAUCAGGGUGUCAGAGAGGUAUUUGUAUCCAAUCAGGGUUUGAGCAUAGUCAGUCAGGGUAUGGGACUAUUUCUGAGCCAGUCUAGGCCAACAACAUGUCCUUUCCCAUGAGGCCUUGGUUCAGAGCCCCAGGAAUGGACCCCCAAAUCACUCCUCACGUGGGGGUGGGACAAUGGGGUCCUGUCCCAAGAAGUUGGGAACUUUGUGUGACUCCUUCACCUCCCAGUGCUAGAAAGAGACGUUGUGUGGGGGUAGGAGCUGUCUGGAAGCUGAGCCAGAGAAUUUAUGGGGGUUGUGGGGAGGUUCCAGAAGUCGAAGUCCUGAAUCUGGGUCUGGGCCCUGCCAAGUGACCUUGGGAAAAUCCCUCCCCUUCUCUGGGGACCCUUCUGCCUGUGUCAGGU